CCCGCCCCCCCGCCAUGCUGCUGUGGCGGCGCCUGGCGGCCCCGGCGGCCCCGCGGCUGCGGGCGGCGGCAGCGGCGGGAGCGGCCCCGCAGGGCCCGGCCCCGCGGCGGGGGGAUGAGGGGCCGGCCCCGCAGCGCCCGGCGGGGCCCGAGGCGCAGUCCCGGCCGGCGCAGCGCGGUCCCGCCGCCCCCCCGGGCGCUGCCGGCCCGGCCCCCCGCACCCCUCUCCCCGCCGGGCGCGGCGGCGGCCCCAGGCCGCUCUACAUGGACGUGCAGGCCACCACCCCGCUGGAUCCCCGGGUCCUGGACAGCAUGCUGCCCUACCUGACAGCCUACUAUGGGAACCCCCACUCCAGGACCCACGCCUACGGCUGGGAGAGCGAGGCUGCCAUGGAGAGGGCACGGCAGCAAGUUGCAGAUUUAAUAGGAGCUGAUUCAAGGGAAAUUAUAUUUACCAGUGGUGCCACAGAGUCAAAUAAUAUGGCAAUUAAGGGUGUUGCAAGGUUCUACAAAUCCAGAAAAAAGCACCUCAUCACUACCCAAACUGAGCACAAGUGUGUGCUGGACUCGUGCCGUGCCUUGGAGGCAGAAGGUUUUCGGGUCACUUACCUACCUGUUAAAAAAAAUGGGCUCAUAGAUUUGAAGGAGCUGGAGGCUGCGUUCCAGCCAGACACGAGUUUGGUUUCUGUGAUGACUGUGAACAAUGAGAUUGGAGUGAAGCAGCCAGUGCAGGACAUCGGUGAGAUCUGCCGUGCACGUAAGGUUUUCUUCCACACAGAUGCUGCACAGGCUGUUGGUAAAAUUCCUAUGGAUGUCAACGACAUGAAAAUUGAUCUGAUGAGCAUCAGUGGCCACAAAAUUUAUGGGCCAAAAGGGGUUGGUGCCAUCUACGUUCGCCGUCGACCGCGCGUCAGGCUGGAACCCCUGCAGAGUGGGGGAGGUCAGGAGAGGGGGCUGCGCUCGGGGACUGUGCCCACCCCUCUGGCUGUGGGCCUGGGGGCAGCCUGUGAAGUGGCACAGCAAGAGAUGGAGUAUGACCAUAAGAGAAUCUCACAACUGGCAGAACGACUGGUUACAAAAAUAAUGAGUGAAGUUCCUGAUGUGGUUAUGAAUGGAGACAGAGAGCAUCGCUAUCCAGGAUGCAUCAAUUUAUCCUUUGCGUAUGUGGAAGGGGAGAGUCUUCUGAUGGCUCUGAAAGAUGUGGCUCUGUCUUCAGGAAGUGCCUGCACAUCGGCUUCCCUGGAGCCUUCCUACGUCCUGCGCGCGAUCGGAACAGACGAAGACUUGGCUCACUCCUCCAUCAGGUUUGGCAUUGGUCGUUUCACUACAGAAGAAGAAGUGGAUUAUACGGUGCAGAAGUGCAUCCAGCAUGUUAAGAGGCUGAGAGAAAUGAGCCCCCUCUGGGAAAUGGUGCAGGAUGGAAUCGACCUCAAAAGCAUUAAAUGGACUCAGCACUGAAUAAACAUCACUAUCCAGGGACUAGAUGUGGAAGAAAAUGCAUUUUUUUGUGCAUUCCUGAACAAAUUAUGCAGCACUUCUGGUUUUUGACACUUGCAAUUUGACAGGAAAACUAUCCUUUCUCAUCAAAAAGUCUUAAGAAGCCAAAAAUGAAAGUAGUGUCUAUCCUGGAGAAAGACAGGAUGGUGUCACACCCAUUACAUUUGUAUUUACCCCAGAAAUUUAUGCUAAAGCAUAAUUUAUUUGGAAAUGUAUUUUCUAAUAAGAAAAUGAAAUCAGUGUGUUAGUGAUGGGCCAACCUGGAGAUGGGUUGUUGCUCCUCAGGGUGAAAGACCCUGCGUGGCUGUUCUGGUUGCACACAGAGCUGUGGCCAGGCCUGUGCCUGAGGUGGGAAUCCUGCAGCAGCAGCUGGGCUGGGGCUGCUCAGCCCUGUGUGUUGCAAGGAAUUCUCAGCCAGGAAGAAGCCUGGUGUUCCCAGAGGAAGAGGAUGCUCCCAUGUGGCUUUGUGCCUUCACAGUUAAGUUGUAUGUGCAGUUAAGAACACUUUAAAAUUUUUUUUUCCUGAAACUAUUUUGGGGCUAUUUUGCUCUUUUUCCUUGGUUUUAUCUUUUUGGGUGAUGCUUGUACAGAGCAGUGUGCACUAAUCCAAAACGUUGUUCUGCUUUGCAGAGUUUAUGACACAAUGAUGAUGCACUUUGCUGUCCCUUCUAUUGUGUUUUUUCCAUGCAAUUUUUUUUCUAAGUAAGGAAAGAAAACUUGAAUGACUGGGGAGGGGAAGAGGCAGAAGAGGUCAGCUUCAGUUGCAGCACCAGCUCAGCUGGGGCAGGAGUGGUGGAGGUGGUGGGGAGAGCAGAGCAGAGUGCAAUGUCUUCAUGCAGUCUGGGUUUUUUGUUGUUUUGUUUUUUCCUCCUGUUGUGAUGAGUCCUUUGCUGUUAUUCAGAGUUCCCUGUGGGUCAUUGGCUUCUGUCACUUUGGGGGGUCUUGCCCAGUUGAGCCUGAAUGUUUUGUCUGGAGAGAAGAACACACUCUGGGAGUGACAGACUGUACUUCUGUCUGACCGUUCCCUGGAAUGCUGAGGGAAAGUGUCUGUUGAAAAGGGUUUGAUUAGAUUAAUUCAUAUCAGCAUUUCUCCUUCCUUACCUUUGCUGAUCUUUCCAUUAGGAGACUUAGUCCUGUAUGACAAAAGUGCCUUUGUUUCAGUUGCAUAAGCAGACAGCUCUGAUUAGGUUGUUGCUGCAUGGCUGCUGUGGUAGCUGCUGGAUUUAACAUCUCCUGUGGGCAGUAGGUCCUCAGCUCUGGGUGGUGUCUACCUCGAGGAUCAACCAUGUGAUGUAAAAGCUGAAGCCAAGUCUCACAAGGUGGAUUGUGUUACAGAAGCUUGUGCUUGCUUUUGGUUUUCUGUUACCAAGGACAGAUUUGGUUGUUUGUAAUGCAAAGCUAAUCCUCAUUUGUACUAUUUGAAAUUAUUAGCUUUAGCAGUUUUAAGAUUGUAGAGCUGACACCUUGUAUUUCAUCACAGCAUUUUUCAAACUCUCAUAUGCAUAAAUAGGCUUUAGAGAUGGUGUGUGUCCUGUUUUAUCCCUGGGCCAUGUUUUCUGGAUUAAGCAUGUGAUAACACUUCCCCAGCAUGUCCUAUAACUCUGUUUAUUAAGUUGUUCUGUGUGUUUCAUGAAUGAUUAAAAAAAAUACAGAUAAGACUUGAA